GUUACUGUUUAACAUCCCCACCCAUCUUUGAGUUUGUUUAGUAAAUCGAUCUAAUGGCAGGGCUAUGGUGGCGCCAUUCAAUGUGUCGCUCGAUGAAAUAUAGCCUGCUCGCCUCUCCAAACUUGGCUUUUUAAACUUGUUGAAUGCUGUCAGGCUUUCCUAGUUGGACUUGUUCACUGCCAGAGGACACAUCUGGAUAAAUGCACAUCCCAGACAGGCACAGAAAUACAGAAAACAUGCCAACAGAUCCAAGUUUAUCCUGUCCGGAUGGGACCAACCCUAACUGCGCCAUCUGCGGAGACAAAGCCACAGGGAAACAUUACGGCGCCUCCAGCUGUGACGGCUGCAAAGGUUUCUUUCGGCGCUCCAUACGCAAGAGCCACAUCUACACUUGCAGGUUCAACAGGCUGUGCGUCGUUGACAAAGACAAGAGGAACCAGUGUCGUUUCUGCAGACUCAACAAAUGCUUCCGAGCUGGCAUGAAAAAAGAAGCUGUGCAAAAUGAGCGGGAUCGGAUCAGCUGUAGAAGAAUCGUUCCAGACCCUCAAGACCUUCCGACCAUCACAGUUUUGGCCCAAGCCGAAACCCUUUCUCAACAGAUCAGCACCCCAGUCGGAAUAGCAGACAUAAGAGAGCAGAAGUCCGCCACUAUUGCCGAUGUGUGUGACUCUAUGAGACAACAACUACUGGUUUUGGUAGAAUGGGCCAAAUACAUUCCAUCCUUUGGGGAACUACCACUGGAUGACCAGGUGAGCUUGCUCAGGGCUCAUGCGGGUGAGCACCUCUUGCUGGGAGUGGCCAAAAGGUCAAUACCAUUCAAGGACUUCCUGCUUUUAGGGAACGGUUGCGUGAUACACAAAAACAGUCCAGAACCUGAACACUUCCGAGUUGCAAAUCGAAUUCUGGAUGAGCUGGUCAAGCCUUUUCAGGAGAUCCAAAUCGAUGACAAUGAAUACGCUGCACUCAAGGCUAUUGUUUUCUUUGACCCUGAUGCAAAGUCUUUGCGGGACCCUUCGAAAAUCAAAGCCACACGUCUGCAAGUUCAGAUGAGUCUGGAAGACUACAUUAAUGACCGCCAGUACGACUCACGAGGCCGUUUUGGGGAGCUCUUACUCCUCCUGCCCACCCUCCAGAGCAUCACCUGGCAAAUGAUCGAACAACUCCAGUUCAUUAAACUUUGUGGUCUGGCCAAGGUCGACAACCUGCUGCAGGAGAUGUUGCUGGGAGGUGACAAUGCAUGCCGACGCUUGCCGUCCGAGAACACACACCUUCACCAUCCAUCACACCCCCAGCUAACUCAUGAACCUGUGACUGGACACACUCUGCUCAUCAGCACCAUGCCUAUUAUACACACUCAACAAAUAGCCGCUCCAGACACCCCCAUCCCGUCACCUCCUCAAGGUCAAGCCCCUGAGAUGUACAAACACUUUCCCCAGCCCAUUUGUCCUGCAGCCAGUCCUUCACCUUCCGCACAGACGGAGCCCUGACAUUGGAUCAGUGUCUUAUAUUAUCAUGCUUUGGUCUAAAUCAAAUAUGUAAAUCACUACCCGAGUAUGUGAGGUUAAACUAGUCCAGUGGCCAAGAUGCAAUGCGCUGCAACAUUUUAAGUGGAUUGCACCAAAGGACCAAGAAACAAAUAUUUCUGUCUACUAUAUUUAAUAAAGCACUUGUCCUCCACUUGACUGCUGACAGCAAAAGCAACUUGGCCAAACUCAUUAACUUUUGGAUUAAUCAUUUACAGUGUACAUAGAAGAGUGUAAAAUACUAAUACGUGUUGAUAUAUUCUCAUAUUUUAUACGUUUCUGUAUAUAGCAAGGGGACUUCCGGUGAUGUAAAUACUUCAAUUAAAAUGUUGAAAAACAGAAUUACUGUUUAUUGAAUUGAUAUUUUGUCUUUCCUUGGAACCAAUGUACAUAUUAAUUUAUGUUGUGGAAA